UUUAAUUCAUCUGUCUGGUUCGGUUACCUUUUAGAUGAGAAUGAAUGCUUUACGGUCAAAGGUGGAUGUCAGCACCAGUGUGUUAACAGCAUGGGAAGUUAUGAGUGUAGAUGUAAUGCUGGCUACUCCUUAUCUCCAGCAGAUACCAAAUCUUGCCAAUUUGGACGUUGGUGUCAGGACCGAUUGAAAUGUGAACAUUUCUGUCAGACAAAUGGUAUAUGUGGAUGUAGACAAGGUUACAGAUUACAUUCCGAUGGCAAGCACUGCUUACGUACAUGUUCUGCUGGAAAUUGUGGUUGUCAACAUAACUGUACUGUUACACCAGAGGGUACGGCAUGUAUAUGUGCUCCUAAAUAUUUACUGAUGAGUGACCAAAGAACUUGUGUCGCUACAUGUGAAGUAAACAAUGGUGGUUGUGAUAGAAAAUGUACUGACUCUCAAAAGGGUCCGACGUGUUCGUGUCCAAAAGGCUAUAAACUUCAUCAAGAUGGACGGACGUGUCUAGAUGUGGACGAAUGUGAAAUAAAUAACGGCGAGUGUAGCCACCAGUGUGUGAACAAUGUUGGUAGUUAUGAAUGUGUUUGUCCUAAAGGAUUCAAAGUUGAAAUAAAUCAGCGAAAUUGUGUAGAUAUAAACGAAUGUGAGGUAAACAGUACCUGUGAUCACACGUGUGUCAAUACCCCUGGAAGUUAUCAUUGUCAAUGUGACAAGGGGUAUCAACUGUACGGAAUAACACAUUGUGCAGAUAUAGACGAAUGUUCCAUUAAUGAUGGUGGAUGUGAAAAUAACUGCGAGAAUACUGAAGGUGGAUUUAGAUGUAGUUGUAGAAAUGGAUUUAAACUACAUGUAAAUGGAAAGGAUUGCAUCCCAAACAACAUAUGUGAUAAACUGACACAACCGAGUAAUUCGCGAUUAAACUGUAAUAAACAAGGAGAUAAAGAAACAUGCGACUUUCAAUGUCAAAGAACGGCAAAAUCAGCUACAACGAAAGACAAUUUUGCACUAGAAUGUGGUCCUAAUACAGAAUUCAAAUGGAAAUUUGGUAACUCAACUGUUACGUCACUUCCUCAUUGUUCCAAAACUAUAAAAGGACCAAAAUUGAAAAGAACUGUCACAUUCUUGUUUGUGGCAGACAAAUGUCGAACAAGGAGAAGUUUACGUGAGCUGAUAAGAAGGAAUAUAACGCAACAGUUAAACGAACAGAAAAAGUAUAAUUGCCGUCAGACGUGUAAUGUGAAUACUGUUGAGAUUGAUUGCAAUGCUAGACUCCCAAAGAGAUUCAGAAAAUAUAAAAAAGCUAAGCAGGCUGUGGUGGCGGCUGAACUUGAAAUGGAAAUUGAUUCACUGCCGGUUAAAGGAAAAUGUGAUGCUGCAUGUACAACAAAAAGGACUGAACGUCGAAUGAAGAAAGCACUGAAAAAGAUGAGGAAAGCAGCAAAUAAGAAAGAUUUUUUCUUUAGAUAUGAUAAUGCUGAUCGGUAUAUUCUUAAAAAGUCUUUAAAGUUUAAGAAAAAGGUGGAUUUCUCUUGUUCGGACGGUUUCUUGUUAGUCGGGGAAGCAUGUGUGGCGUGCAGUGUUGGAACAUUCUUUGACAAGAAACAAAAGCAAUGUAAAAUCUGUCCAAGAGGAACUUAUCAAGAUAAAGAGGGACAAACAUUGUGUAAUUUAUGUCCUCAAGUCAAACUUGGUAUAGGAAUACUUGGAGCUGUCAACGUAACACAAUGUACAGUUUUAUGUCAACCUGGGUCGUAUUCCAAAGAUGGUAUGUUACCUUGUCUUGACUGUCCAAAAAGCUUCUAUCAGUCUGAAUAUGGUCGACUUAGGUGUGUUCCUUGCGGAGGAGGACUGGAAACUACAGGUUUAGGAUCACGCAGCUUCAAACAAUGCUCUACUAAAGCUACUUGUUCACCAGGCCAUUUCUACGACAUACAAACACACACUUGUAAAGUGUGUCCUACAGGAAGUUAUCAGAUGGAAUAUGGCCAGAACUAUUGCACAGCUUGUCCUGGUGAUACCAUUACAGAUGAAGAUGCAACCACAAAUGUUUCAGAAUGUAAAAACGCGGCAUGUGGUGGACUCAUUGGAAAGUUUCAUGGAUUCAUCCAAAGUCCGAAUUAUCCAGGAAACUAUCCAAACAAUAGAGAAUGUAUUUGGAGAAUAAAACCUGGGAAGAAAAGAAGGAUCCUUGUCAUAAUUCCAGAAGUAUUUUUGCAACAGAUAGACAAAUGCGGUGACAUCUUAGUAAUGAGACAAUCAAAAAAGCCAUCUUCUCUAACAUCAUAUGAGGCAUGCGAGACCAAGGAACGACCGAUUGCCUUCACUUCAAGAUCCAAAAGGAUGUGGAUUCAGUUCAAAUCCGAUGGCAAAAAUACAGCAGCUGGAUUUUCUAUACCAUAUGUAACCUAUAAUGAGGAAUAUCAACCGCUUAUAGAAGACAUUGUAAAAGAUGGUAGGCUAUACAAUUCAUAUCAACACCAACAUAUUUUAAAGGACAGGAAACUGUUGAAUGCGUUGAUGGAAGUGAUAGCACAGCCAUUGAAUUAUUUUAAGUAUGCAAAUGUAUCGCAUACACUAAUGCCACAGUCUUUUAUUAAAUUAUUGACUUCUAAAGUGAGAAGAUUCUUUUCCUCAUGACUAGACGUGGGGUAAUGAUUAAAUUCUGACAUUGUGUCAUUGUUAUAGUUCUUCAAAGUAGUGGCAGACACUGAAGGACUACAAAUGCUUUUCAUUAAUGAUGAACAAAGUGACACCAUAUGUACUUUAUACUCAAAGGAUCCAUCUUGCUGGUUCAAAAGAGUGAUGCUGAUAGACCGGAUUUGUGCGUUUGUACAUAUUGUAUGAUGAUACUAGAUUUAUGUACAUAAAUAUAAUGGUCAAUUUACAUUUAAAAUAUUGAUAGUUGUCAAACAACUUGUAAAUACGAUUCUCAAUUAUACAUCCCGGUCACUCUGUCACCAUAAUUCAUUGUGUUCACUGAACCUAAAUUGAAUGGUAUUUAAUUUGUUGUAAAUGUUUCUGAUUACAUGUG